AUGAUUGAUGAUGAACAGCUGGGGUUUCUUGCCAAUUUUCUAGGCAUUUUAAUAUUUGCGCUGGUUAUUGCUUAUCAUUAUGUGACGGCUGACCCAAAGUAUGAAGGGAACUGAAAAAAGGGUAUCCAUAAAAACUAAUUUAUGCAACUUUUAGAUAAGAACUUGUAGAUUUUACUUCUGGAAUAUUACUAAAUAUUGGCAUUUAGUUGAUUUUUCUUUAAGAUUUAUAGCAUAU